GUCAAGAUCAUGGCGGGAUUUUGCAGAUCAACAAAUCAAAACAAAACAGAAAAUUAUGAUUAUUAGGAUUCAGACUCUUUUCUUUGUAUAUGAACAUGGUAUUUUGAUAUCAGAAUAACAAUGUUUUUUAUGUUGCUGUAAGCUUAAAUGUGAUGUUUCGAGCUGGACAAAAAUACACACUGUAAAACGAAUUAUUUCGCAUCUUGUAAAAAGUGUUUGACAUAAAAAUCGUAAUGUAAACAAAAUGAGUGCUUUAAAACUUGCCACAUGUGGAGAUGAUAUAAAAGUUUGGGAUACCAAUAGUUUUUCUAUUGUCAGACAGUUUAAUCCUCAUGACCAGAACAUUAGUUCCAUUGCAUGGAAUGGAAAGAAAUCAACAUGGAACAGUGAUAAUUUGUUAUUAUGCAGUGCAUCUUCCAAAAGUGAUAAAAUCUGUUUUACUGCAGUAAAAGAUACAGCUGUGACAGUUACAGAAUUUGAUUCUUCUGCAGGCAGUUUAUGUGUAGAUUUUAACUCCACAUCAUCUUACCUAUUAGUGGGUGGAACAGACAACUGUAUCAAUGUAUGGGAUCUGAAGUCACGCAAAAUUAAAAAACAGUAUAAGGACCAUAAAGGACCAGUGACUUGUGCCCAGUUCAACUGCAAUGAUACAUACAUUGCAUCUGGUUCUGAAACAGGGGAGAUAAUCUUGUUUAAUGUGGUGACAGGUCAAGGUUGUAGUCCAAUGGUUGCACCAAAGUGUCAGACUGUUAGGCAGAUACAGUACAGUAAAUUUAGAAAGUCACUGCUGGGGUCUGUGUCUGAUGAUGGUGCUGUUAACCUUUGGGAUAUCAACACACGUAGACUGCUCCAUAGCUUUACAAAUUCUCACAUUGCACCUGCCACUGGUUUGAACUUUUCACCCAUCAAUGAUAUAUUGCUGAUGUCCGUAGGACUUGAUAAAAGAAUUGUAUGCUAUGAUACCCAAGGAAAAAAGCCAGUUAAAACAAUGACAGCAGAGAAUCCUUUAACUUCUAUAGAUGUAAUGUCAGAUGGAGCCACUGUGGCUGUUGGAUCAACAAGGGGGAUAAUUUAUAUUUAUGAUCUGAGACAUGGGAAUGCACCAAUGAAAAUUAUCAAUGCGCACAAAUCAUCUGUACAGAAUGUUAAAUUUCAACAUGGUCUAAUUCACGAACCUUCAGGUGCCAAGUCAGCAUCAUCUUCAGCAAUAUCUCCAAACAGAAGACAACUGCCAUCAGCUCCUUCAGGGAAAACUGGACAUAAUAAAGAUUUCUCAGAGCAUAAUAACAUAAACAAUCAUUCUGAUGGAGCAGCAGAAGAAGAUGUUUUCUCUCCUGUUAGAAAUGAAUUUGGAAAUAAUUCUGCAGAUUUCAGAACAGAUACCGUGAGAAGUGACUCAAUGUUUAACACACAUUCCUAUCACAGUAAUGACAGUUCAGGUGGUGUGUUUUCACCAUUAGCUGAUGGAGAUAGUAUAAGUAGAAGAUAUGGUGACAAAAUAAAAAUCUCGCCACUUGUUACAAAUUCCUCUCCUGCAGUGACCAGACGUGGUGAGAACAUGUCUUCCAAUGUUUAUCCUCAAUUCAAUGGUGAAAGCCAUAAUGAUGUAGCAGUGAGACAGAAUUUAAAAUAUAAUGAUUCCUACCAUAGAGGAGAAAGUGAUGGACAGCCUUUCUCAAAGGCUAGAAAUACAUCAGAUAGGCCAGAAUUUGAUAGAGUACAACAUUCAACUGACUCCCGGAAUUCUAACUUCUCUAAUAAUAUGUCAAAUCACAAAAUUCAUCCAGCUGGCACUUCUUAUAGCGAAAUUACUCAGCAAUCACCUCAGCCUACAGGACAUAGUCCUAACCAGUCCCCUAGUCUUAGACCGCAAUCAAUUCAUAGAACUGAAUCCACUUAUUCACAAGGCUUCACAGCAGAUUCUUCAGGGAGUGUUUCUCAGAGUUUUUCUGCAUCUAAGAAGCUAGAUGACUCUCCCAGUGGAAGUGCAGGAGGUCAAGGCCAUUCUCCAAUAAGAACUUCUGGAACACCAGAAGGUGCUCAUGCUGUGUCUUUAACUUCUAAUGGUGCUAUUAGACGUUCUCAGGAAAUCAGUGCUUCUGAUGGACCUUUGCCACAAAACUUUCAAACUCAAUUUAUACGCAAUAUGAUAGAAGAUUCGAUGGAGGAAUUUAAAGAACAAAUUCAUAACCAAUACUUGAAUCUGCAUCUCGAAAUGAUCAGACAGUUUCAGAUACAACAGAAUGAAAUGACACAGUUGAUGCAACAGUACUCAGUGAAUCAUGAACUGAUCAGAGAAAUAGAACGAUUAAAAGAAGAAAACCAAAGAUUAAAAAAGAACUUUUGAGAAAUAGAGAUUUUGCUUUAUGAACAUUCUUAUAUGAGGGAAAUGUGAAAUUUACCAGGCCUGCUUAUGAUUUGAUUUAUAUUGUAAUGAUUAUCCCAAGCUGCCAAUAGUUUUCUGAAAAGUUGUAGAUACAAAAUGGCUUAUAGUACAUUAUGUAAAUUAAACACUGCCAAGGAAGUCAGUUAGAAGGGCUUUAAAUGAAAAAUAAAAUAUACAUUAUAUGCUCAGUUAGAAAAAUUACUUUUAGUGAAUAAUUUUUACAGCGAAUGCUGGGUAUUGCAUAGUUUACUUGGAAAUUAAGUCAAUUAAGCAAUUUAACACCAUGCUUCACAGUGAAUCGCUCAACACCAACAUGGAAGAUUUUUAAAUGACUUAACCUGUAUGCACUGUAAAACUGCUUUUUAAGUCCAUUUCUUUCUAAGAACACUGUUAUUGGUAUUGUUUAAAAAAUUGUACAAAAUUGAGAUAUUAUUUAGAAAUUAUUUUGUGUUAUAUAAAAAUAUGGCCUUAUUGGAUCUCCAUAAAAUGGUUUAACUGAUCUUAUAAAAUAUGUUACAAAUUUUUGUUGAUCCUUUGAUCAAAUAGCCCAGGUUUCUCAAAAAUGAGUUUGAAAUCUUGGUUACUUAGAAUGAAUUAUAUAUAUAUAUAUAUAUAUAUAUAUAUUAAGUAACUUGUAUUGAAGUAACAGACUUCUCAUUACAUAUGCACUAUGAUAUUAAGUAGGAAUCACAUUUAUUGUUUUACAUUUCAGCAUUUAGUGUUUUGCAUCCAAGUUUAAUACUAUAUGUCAUGUAUUGAUUUUUAUGCCCCAGCCGUAGCGGAGGGGGCAUUAAGUUUUACCCUUGUCUGUCUGUACGUACGUCCCGAAAUUGGUUUCCGUUCUCUAACUUAAGUUUGCCUCAACCAAAUGUUAUGAAGCUUAUACACAAUGCUCAUUACCACAAAAAACAGAUCAAGUUUGAAUUUUGGUGGCGUCACUUUAACAGAUCUAGAGUUAUGCCCCUUUAUAAAAGGAAAUAUUGCAAAAAUUUUAGUUUCCGUUCUCUAACUUAAGUUUGCCUCAACCAAAUGUUAUGAAACUUAUACACAAUGCUUAUUACCACAAAACACAGAUCUAGUUUGAAUUUUGUGGUGUCACUUUAACCAAUCUAGAGUUAUGCCCCUUUAUAAAAGGAAAAAUUGCAAAAUUUUUAGUUUCCGUUCUCUAACUUAAGAUUGCCUCAACCAAAUGUUAUGAAACUGAUACACAAUGCUUAUUACCACAAAACACAGAUCAAGUUUGAAUUUUGGUGGCAUCACUUUAACUGUUCUAGAGUUAUGUCUCUUUAUAAAUAGAAAAAUUGCAAAAUAUUUAUUUUCUUCUAAAUAUCAAGUUUAUAAUAUAUUUUAAAAUUGGAGUUAUCUUCCUUUGACCAUGAUUAUAGUUGAAUCAACUACAAACAAUGCUUUACACAAUGCAAUGUUUAAUUUUGACUUCCACUGAUAAAACACAGAUCAAGUUGAAUUUGGGUAGUGUCACUUUAACCAUUAUUGAGUUAUGCCCCUUUAUAAAUCGAAAGAUUGCAAAAUUUUUAGUUUCCAUUCUGUAACUGAAGUUAUCCCCAGCCAAACAUUAUGAAACCUAUACACAAUAUUCAUUACCACAAAACUCAGUAAAGAUCAAGUACAAUUUUUUUGUUUCCGUUCUCUAACUUGAGUUUGCCUCAACCAAAUGUUAUGAAACUUAUACACAAUGCUUAUUACUACAUAAUACAGAUGAAGUACGAAAUUAAGUGGCAACACUUUUACCAUUCUUGAGUUAUGUCCCUUUAUAAACAUAAAAUUGCUGAAUUUUUUAGUUUGUAUCAACUAAAUGUUGUAAAACUUAUACACAACCGUUCUAGAGUUAUGCAUGUUUACAAAUAGAAAAAUUGCUGAAUUUUUAGUUUCUGUUCUCUACUUAAGUUAGCCUCAACCAAAUGUUAUGAGACUUACACACAAUGCUUAUUACCACAAAACUCAGAUCAAGUUCAAAUUUGGGUAGCGUCACUUUUACCGUUCUUCAGUUAUGUCCCUUUAUAACUAUAUGAUAUGCAAGCGGAGGCAUCAUCUGUGUCCACAUGUGGACACUAUCCACAUUUAUUUUUUGUUGCUCUAACUUUAAUUUUGCAGAUAUUUAAAUUUCAUUAAACAUCAAUGAAUAAGAUGGUGAUCCUUAUAAACCUCUCACUGUAGAAAGACUGAAAAAGAAAAUUAAUUCAAGUAAUCUUUGGUAAUUCUUGAUUAACAAAAGACCAUCCCCUAGAUGUGAUUUUGAAAAAAUAGUAUUGUCCAUAAUAAUGAUAUAUGGUUAAGUGGAAUAGCUGUAUCAAGAAUAUAAAUAACAUUGUAUUUUAACAUUGAAAAUUGAAAUUUUAGGGGUUAUUUCCCUUCCUUUUCUAGUUGAAAAGAAUCCUUGGCAACAAGAAGUGCAUGCAUUUUCUUACUCAUAUUAUUUGAGGAUUUAUAAUAUUGCUGAACACUUUGUACUUAAAAAUGCAUAGUAUACACUUAUUUACUAGUUAGGAGGACAAUAGCAAGUUUAUUGUCCCCUAGGCACCAACUAUUUCACUAUGCGAAGUGAAGGGAAAUAGUUGCUGUCGAGGGGGACAAUAAACAAUAAACUUGCUAUUGUCCGAAAAGCCAGUAAAUAAGUGUUUUAUUAUAUAGAAAAAAACUAGUAUAUAUUUCGAGGUAAUGUAUAGGUUAAAGCAAUAGUUUCCGAUUUGCUGAUAUUUAGUUCAUGUUUUUUUUUAUUUUUUUGUGAUUUGAUAACAUGACAUGUACCACCAAUGGACUGUGCUGUAGAUAUUGUCUUUUUACUGUUACUCUUACAACUGUUCCAGAAUGAAAUAUUUUAGUUAACCCAUCACUUUUAGUUUGAAGCGCAUGACGUAAAAAUUAUGCAAAGGUAUAUUCUGUAUUGAUGUCAUAAUAAUUUGACUGUGCAAAUAGCAUAGGUGCAGUAUAAACAACCAUUUGAAAGGUUUGGGAGACAGUCAAUUCUAACAAUACUGAAAGUUCGGGAAAGCAGGUUAAUAGUCUUUUCCAGACAGUUUCGUAAAAAUAGUUAAUUUAUUCGCAUAUAAUUUUAUAAAUUAAAAAAUAAAUACUUAGGUAUAAUAAUUAAUACCAUUAGCCAUCUAAAUCUUCAACAUAGUCAUGGUUGAUUUUUGUAACUUCAUCUGAAAAAGUGAAUAUAUCUUAAUGAAAUUUUUAAGGGAUUAUUUAGAAUAAGCCCUGUGUACCUCUUUUGUAUUUUCUGUUCUAAAUUCAAAUAAUGAUUUUCUAGAUUUCCUAUGCAAAACAGCAAGCUUUGCCAUUUGUUUUUGGUAUAGGCAUCUAUUUUUCUCAACUAUUGAACAAGAUGAUGUAUUCCUCUAAAUGUUUCAGAGAUUUUUAAGAUUUAAAGCUAGUGAAGGUUUUUCAUUUUCUAAAACUAUAGCUAAUGGCUUAAAAUUGAAAAGAAAAUUAUUCGUAGCUUUACUUUUAAAGCAAGAAUCGGUAACAUAUAAGGUAAAUUGUGUUUGGAAUAUUCCAUAGAUAAUAUAUCAGCUAAAAGUUUUUAUUAUUAUUAUUUUUAAUUAUAACUUUUCUUCUUUUAUUUUAUAAAUAAACAAGAGAAUUAAGAUUAUUAGCUUUGUUUCUGUUGUGACAUUUAAGGGCUAUUCCAUAAAAAAACAUAAACAGGACCGAGUUGCAGGCACUUUUAGCUCUCCACUUUGUAUGGGAGUUCAUGACUUUUUUGUACAAUGGAAUGUAAGAGAGAUUCCAAAAUUGCAUUGCUCAUUGAAUUGUGCUUUUAAGGUACAGUGCAUGGCCAUAAGUAUUUGUCACAUCAAUAUUUAAGUUAAACACUAGUAUAUAAUAAAAUAGGUUAAAGCAAUAGUUUCUUAUUUGCUGAUGUUCAGUUUAUGUUUUUUUUUUAAUUGUGAUUUGAUCACAUGACAUGUACCACCAAUUUCUAAUUGUUAACUAGAUCAAUAAACUGUUACAUUAUUA